UUUAAUUAAUGAAAUUGCUUGUGUUGCUAUGCAUUGUGAGUCUCACAUUUGCAGAUCCUAAGAUUGACUUUUUCAUGAAACUCAGUCAAUCUGAUUUCGGAAAAACAAUCUUACAAACAAUCCAAGUCCAAGAGUACAAUAUCUAUAUUAAAUCCUAAGAAAUAAUGUCGAACGUGUGUUAUAGUUUAUUAGACAAUUACAAGUAGAUAUAAAUGCAGCCCAAACUGAACAUACAAACUAUUUACAAAAUAGAAAUGGAUAAAUCACAUAAUAUAUUAAUGAAGCUGAUAAAGCAUUAGCUAAAGCUUAAUAAUAAAAGGCAUAAGAUGAGGCAUAGCGUAUACUAUAUAUAUCUAUUUUAUAAUAGUUCCUUUGAAAGAAGAGGAACUUAAUGAUAAAAGAGCUUAAGGUGAAUCUAAAUUUGCUGAAAAAUAACGAAAUUUAGAUCGCAUUGCUGCACUAACAGCUGAAAGAGAAGAAAACAAAAAAGCAUAUGAUCAAAGAAGAACUGAAAUUGUAGGAUUAUUAGCUGCCUUAAAUUAAGGAAAGAAACUCAUCCAAUAAAUUAAAACUGGAUCUGUUUUUACACAAUAAGAAAUAUUUGCAGAAAUUGAACAUCAUCAUAAAAAAUUCGCUUAAAGAUUCCCAGAUAGAAGAGGUUUCAAUUCCUUAGUUUCCCUUUCACUUGCUAUGGCCUAAGAUUCUACAUUAAAAUCUGAUUAAUCUGCACUUGAAAGAGUGGUUUCAGUCAUUGAAGAUUUAGCUGAUAGUUUAUUCUAACUGUAUAUUUCAACAUAAUAUUUUUAGUUAAAAACAAGAAAUGGAAGCUGAUGAUGCCAGAGAAGCAGCAUUUUAAUAAGCUAUGUAUUCAUAUUUUACUAUAUAGCGCUCGAUUAGAAAUUGCCAAUCAAACAUUAGAAGGUGCUGUUGCAUAUUUACAUGCUUAAAUCUUGAGAUUAGAACAAUCUCUAUUGGAAUUAUAAAAUGAUAUCAACACAUAAGCUCAAGUAUAUUCUUAGGUCUAUUAUUAAAGAUGAUACAAAAUAAAUAAAACGAAAAAGCAGAUUGGUUAAGUAUCCAAAGAGAUGAGACAAAAUCAUUUGGAAAAUAAACUGAAAAUAGGUAUUACAAUCUAAAUAAUUAUUAUAGAAAAUCAUAAUUAGAUUUAUUAGGAGAAACAGAAAAUGUAUUUACCAAAGGCCCCUUGACACCUGAAUAGCAAUCGUUCUUAUAACAUUUAAAGUGAUUAAU